AUGGAGGAUGCUUUGCUGCCAGGUCCUCGAGAAAAGAUACCCAGAACAUAUGAAGUAGACAAAGAACGGCAUACCGAAAGCUAUAUCACUGCAGUUCGUGGAAAUAAUCUUGAGGAUGAAAAAAGGACCCUUAUGGAUGAAAUAAAAGAUAACUUUCAUAUGCUUCCUUCUGCCUCUCUUCUUAAAGAUGAAUCAGCGACAUCGACGAAACGGACAGAGUUUAGAUAUACUAUUGCAGAAUUGGAGUGUUAUAAAAACGAUCCUUUUUGGAAAACUUUGAGAUGGCUGCUAUUCGUCUUGUUUUGGUUAUUAUGGAUUUUGAUGUUUCUGAUCGCCGUUCUUAUUGUCAUACUUAGCCCAGGUUGUGCUCCCAAAGCAGCGCCAAAUUGGUGGGAGAAUGCUAAUGUUUAUCAGAUUUGGACACCAUCGUUCCAAGAUUCGGAUGAGAACGGUAUCGGUGAUUUUGUUGGUCUUACCAAUCGUCUUGAAAAUUUGCGACGUUUGGGUGUCCAAGUUAUAUGGCUUAAUCCCUUUCUACAUUCUGAUGAUUUCAAUGAUGCAGUUCAAGAUCACUUAAUAGUUGACUCGAAACUAGGUACAAAUGAUGAUGUUUACAAACUGAUCGAUGCUAUUCACGAUAAUGGAAUGAAAAUUGUGAUAAGCUUACCAGUGAGUACUACAUCGAAAAACCAUGACUGGUAUCGUCGAAGUUCGCAAGCAAAUUUAAAGGAAUUUGCGAAUUAUUCGAAUUAUUAUCACUGGUGGAAAGAUGCUGAAGAUAAUCCUUUCAUGUCGAAAAAUAAAAACAUCUCCUACAUGCAUUAUGAAAAUCGGCCUGAUUGGCCUGUUCUAAAUUGGCAAUACGGUCCUGUUCAGGAAAAUAUGUUUAAAAUAAUGUCUUAUUGGAUAGACAAGGAUAUUGAUGGAUUCUACCUCAGUGGAAUCGAAUAUCUUGCCCGCAUGAAAUCCGGAUCUUUAGCGGACUGGGCACGUAUCGUGGAUAUUCUUCGUGAUAUCAGGAAUCAUGUGGAUACUUAUGUGGAAGAAACUCCAAUAAUUAGAGCCAAACAGAUUGCAUUAUUCACUGCGCGUGAUAAUGCGAAGGAAAGCGAGAAGAAGGAAUUGGUUCUGGCUGGAUUGAAUUCAGUGAUCAAUUAUGAACUAGGGAGCAUUGGGAAAGAUAAUCAGAUCUGCCACCCUACCGAGGAUAAUGUUGCUGGAUGCAUUCAUGAAAUACUUACUGAAUUAGUACAUUUUCACUCAGCAAACAAUAUUUCUGCAAUGUGGGAGUUCGGUAAUCCAAAACUAUCAAGAAUAGCUUCUCGUGUAAAAUCACAGCAGCAAGCCGAGAUGUUAACUAUGUUGCAGCUAUUUUUACCUGGUACUAUCAGUAUCUACUACGGUGAUGAAAUUGGGAUGAUGGAUUUACCGAAUGAAAAAUUAGUACCAGUUCAAAGAGGUGCUAUGCAAUGGGAUGAUUCUGCCAAUGCUGGAUUUUCAAGUGCUAAUCCAUCAAGCAUUCCUGUUCAUCCUGAUUUUGCAGACAAUAACUGGGCUAGACAAUAUAGUUCUCAACGUUCACAUCUGAAGACAUUCCAAAAAAUGGCUCGAUUGAGAAAAAGAGAUGAGACGCUUAGUUUUGGGCGCACUAUUAUUGGACCACUGAUAAACAGUUCCUUCACGGUUAUCAGAUAUGCUAAUGACGAGAACACUCCUACUGGAAACACUUAUUUGGGAGCGUUUAAUUUUGGUACAGUUGAUACAGCACUGCCAAUUCAGGAAUCAAAUGUUAUGGAGAAGAAGAAAAUGCAUCAGGCAAUGGUAAUGGCAUUUAGUAGCAAUGCAAAGCAGUACCACUAUCAUCAAAUAAUCGAUCUCAGCAGUGGUACCGUCAUGAUACCACCUGAACAGGGUGUCAUAUUUAAGUUUAGCUUUUGA